CCCUCUAAGACUCCAAACAAUUCAUCAGGUCACCGAGAUCCAGUUGAGGUGUGAGCUGUAUAGUUGACAGCACCUGGAGGCCUCUGGGCAAGCGAGUGGUCAUCCAGAAGGACUUCUUUUCCCUAAUCAAGAGUCAGUAUGGGGGCCCGGGGCGAGCGCCGAGGAGAAACACUCCAGGGAGCUAGAGAAGAAACUGAAAGAGGACGCCGACAAAGAUGCCAGGACCGUCAAACUUCUGCUGCUAGGUGCUGGUGAGUCGGGGAAAAGCACAAUUGUCAAACAGAUGAAAAUUAUUCACAAAGAUGGUUACUCCCUUGAAGAGUGUUUGGAGUUCAUUGUCAUCAUCUACAGCAACACCAUGCAGUCCAUCCUGGCCAUUGUGAGAGCCAUGACCACACUCAACAUUUCCUAUGGAGAUGCUGCUGCACAGGAUGAUGCAAGGAAGCUGAUGCACUUAGCAGACACCAUCGAGGAAGGCACCAUGCCAAAGGAGCUGUCUGAUAUCAUCCUGAGGUUGUGGAAGGACUCGGGCAUUCAGGCGUGCUUUGACAGAGCUUCUGAAUACCAGCUCAACGACUCCGCCGGAUACUAUCUGAAUGACCUGGAGAGGCUGGUCAAGCCUGGCUAUGUCCCUACUGAACAGGACGUCCUGCGAUCAAGAGUGAAGACCACCGGUAUCAUUGAGACCCAGUUCUCCUUCAAGGACCUCAACUUCAGGAUGUUUGAUGUGGGCGGUCAGCGCUCAGAGAGGAAGAAGUGGAUCCAUUGCUUUGAAGGUGUGACCUGUAUUAUCUUCAUCGCUGCUCUGAGCGCAUACGACAUGGUGCUGGUAGAGGAUGACGAAGUGAACCGAAUGCAUGAGAGUCUCCACCUGUUCAACAGUAUCUGUAACCACCGUUACUUUGCCACCACAUCCAUUGUACUCUUCCUCAACAAGAAGGACGUCUUUGUGGAGAAGAUCAAGAAGGCUCAUCUGAGCAUGUGCUUCCCUGAAUAUGAUGGCCCGAACACCUUUGAGGAUGCUGGUAACUACAUCAAGGUGCAGUUCUUAGAUCUGAACUUGCGACGAGAUGUCAAAGAAAUCUACUCCCACAUGACCUGUGCCACAGACACAGAGAACGUCAAGUUCGUGUUUGAUGCCGUAACAGACAUUAUCAUCAAAGAAAAUCUCAAAGACUGCGGUCUCUUCUAAACAAGCCAUCUGUGGGAAGAGCAGCUUAAUCAACAAAACCUAAUACUGACCCUUAUAGCCUGUUUUCCUCCCCGGGUAAUGAGGAAUUCUCCAGUGAACACACAUACAUACACACAUGAGGGAAGUGAACAGAUUAAAUCUUGAAAAAGAAAUUAUAUUGUUCCUGUUGGGAUCUACAUUUGAUUAAAACACACUGCAUAUAAUUAAUAUCAGAGCCUAUUGCAUAUUCAUAGCAGCAAGUCAUAAGUAACAACACGUAUGGGCUCUAUUAGUAUAUUGCAGUGAUCUAUCUUGUAGAUUUGUGACUACACGCAGCUGUAAACCAAAUAACUAUCCUUCUGAAACACCUGCAUAUGCACUUCAGCAUGUUUUGCAAGAGUACAUUAUGAAGUAUUUCAGUUAUAGUGUAAAGUUCAUACUUUUAAGUUGACUGAGAAAAGUUUCGACUUCACUGGGAAACAAAGUUUUGUUUUAUUUACAGAGGAGUUAUAUCAUGUUUUGUCCCAUGAUCAGAAUCUCUAUGUAAGAUGGAUGACUUUGAUGAAAAGAUAGCAUGUAAUAAGUUGUUUAGCUCAGGAGCAGCUAGCUGAGAGACAAAGAACACAAUUCUUGAGUGCACAGAUAAAAUUACAACAGCAAAUAUUGAUUAAAAUCACACAAUUGACUGCAAAAGCAUAAACAAUCAUGCAAAUGUAAAUUAAACGAAUAAAGCUUCUGUAGAAAAGACUGAA